AUGGAGCAAAUGCCCACUUAUGCUAGGUUCAUGAAGGAAAUGUUGACUAAGAAGAGAAAAAUUCUUGAAGAAGAGACUAUAGAGCUUGAGGCAGGAUGCAGUGCUAUUAUACAGAAGUCUCUACCUCAGAAGUCUAGAGAUCCAGGCAGUUUCACUCUCCCUGUAUCAAUUGGUAAUUUAUCAGUGAGUAAGGCACUCUUAGACCUUGGAGCUAGUAUUAACUUGAUGCCUUUAUUUAUGCUGAAGAAGAUAGGAGAAGUGGAAGUAAGACCUACCAGAAUGACCUUGCAGUUGGCAAAUAGAUCCAUCAAGCUUCCACAUGGUAUAGUGGAAGAUAUGAUUGUGAAGGUUGAUAAGUUUAUGUUCCCGGUUGAUUUUGUAGUAAUGGAUAUGGAAGAAGAUACAGAGGUUCCUUUGAUCUUGGGCAGACCAUUUAUGAAGACAGCUCGAGUUAUCAUUGACAUGAAUGAUGGAAAUUUGAAAGUGAGAGUCCAAGAUAAGGAAAGUUCAUCGCCACUAGAGAAGGCUUUGCUUAUCUCUAAUGAAGAAUUGGAUAAGUUCAUUGGUAAAGCUUGUCACUUGCCUGUGAAUUUGGAGCAUAAAGCAUUUUGGGACUUGAAGGCCUUGAAUUUUGAUAUGAAAGCAGCUGGUAAAAAGAGAAAAAUUCAAUUGCAUGAACUAGAAGAAAUGAGGUUGCAAGCUUAUGAGUCUUCUAGAUCUUACAAGCACAAAGCUAAGCUAUACCAUGACAAGAAAAUUCUGAACAGGAACUUCCAACCUGGCCAAUAA